AUGCACAGACGCUCGUCGGGAUCCCCUGUCGAGGACGAAGAUUCCUCGGUCUCCCGAACAGACGACCAUGGCCCGAAUGCCAUCGACGAAAAUUCGCGAUCGCAAAUAGCACAGCGCGGCACCAGCUUUGACCUCCGCCGCGACGGCAGCGCGACGCCGCGCUCCCGAAACUCGAGCAUGUGGCGCACCCCGUCCUCCCAACCUUCCAACGAUACCAAAGCCAUGCCAUUGGGCUCCCCUCGGCUCCCCAUGGAGGUUCCCUCCCCUGAAGGUCGACGAGCGCGCCAAUCCCGUCUGCGCAGUCCUUGGUCCUGUUCCAUCUUGACUGCGUUCACGACAUGCAUUGCCGUCGCGUUCUUGAUCUCCAUCGUUCAAUCGUUCACCGGUCGGCAGAUUGGUGGAGAUGGAUGCGGUGUUCCAAUGAUGAGCCCGACCUUCAUUCGCAUGUUGGAAUUCGAUACCGAACACACCCGAUUCGCAAGCAAAUACAAUCUCUUCUUGUACCGGGAGGAAGGCGUGGAUCCCUACACUCAGGAUAACAUCGGGUUAAAUGGUGUACCUGUUCUAUUUCUACCCGGAAACGCUGGCAGCUACCGACAAGUCCGGUCCCUGGCCGCCGAGGCCUCGCGACAUUACUACGACGUGGUUCGACACGACGAAAGCCGACAUGCGGCUGGAACAAGAAGCUUGGAUUUCUUUAUGGUCGACUUCAACGAAGAUAUGGCGGCGUUCCAUGGACAGACUCUGCUGGAUCAGGCGGAAUACGUGAACGAAGCGAUCUCAUACAUUCUAUCACUUUACCAUGACCCCCGACGGACACGCCGAGACCCCGGGUUACCAGAUCCCAGUGCUGUUAUUCUCAUCGGACACUCUAUGGGUGGGAUUGUGGCCCGAACUUCUUUGACCAUGGCCAACUACCAGGCUAAUUCGGUCAACACGAUUAUCACAAUGUCUGCACCCCACGCGAAGCCGCCGGUCUCUUUCGACUCCGAUAUCGUCCAUACCUACAAGCAGAUCAAUGAUUAUUGGCGCGACGCAUAUGCACAGACUUGGGCUAACAAUAACCCGCUGUGGCAUGUCACUCUUAUCUCCAUCGCCGGUGGUGCUCGGGACACUGUGGUUCCUUCCGACUAUGCCAGUAUUUCCUCUCUUGUACCCGAGACGCACGGAUUCACUGUUUUCACCUCUUCUAUUCCAGACGUCUGGAUUGGCAUGGACCACUUGUCGAUCACUUGGUGCGACCAAUUCCGCAAGGCAAUCAUCAAAUCUUUGUUCGAGAUCGUCGAUGCACGACGCCCUACUCAGACAAAACCGCGGGCAGAGCGGAUGCGUGUACUGAAGCGGCGGUACCUGACCGGUCUAGAAUCUGUAGCUGAGCGGACCUUACCUCAAAAGGAAGCGAACACGCUUUUGACUCUGGAGGAUAAUGCAAACACCAUCCUUGCUCAAGGCCAGCGACUGGUCCUGCGUGAGCUGGGCCAUCAACACGGUCCAGAUGUGCGUCUCUUGCCGAUUCCUCCCCAAGGUGUUUCCGGCAAAAAGUUCACCUUGCUCACGGACCAAUCGUUGGACAAGAAUGGCAACAUCGAAGUUUUGUUCUGUAGCGUUUUCCCGCUAUCCAAUGGUCGCUCAACCAAUUUCCCCUUGAAUUUGGAUUUCUCCGGUGGCACCGUGGGCUCGACCCGUUUGGCCUGCAAGAGCGCGGCUGAAGACAGCAUUCAUUUGCCUGCCUCCACCCGCUCGUCGCAAUAUGCCUAUGAUCGUACUGCGCCAUUCUCAUACCUCCAGUAUGACUUAGAGGGCCUUGCAGAACAUCAAUUCGUGGCUGUCGUGGACAAAGCCAAUGUCCCGACCUCAGGAUUCCUUGUCGCCGAGUUCUCGGACAGCUCGGAUGCCCUGAUUCGGGCUAAGGUGGGAUUGGGCGGUUUGUUGAGUGCUGGUCUGAAGAUGCGGCUCCCCGCGAAUCGGCCGAUGCUGACUGAGGUGAAGAUUCCGGCUUUGCACUCAAGUUUGCUAGACUACCGUCUGAAGAUCACGCGGAAUUCCCAAAAGCAGGAGCUGUUUGCUCCAUUGCUCCGACAGUCCGUCUCUGAUCCUCAUGAGUCAAAGUUCUUCGUCAAUGUCAAUGAGGUAAACGUCAACCUGCACGGUAUGGCUCCCUUCAUGCCACCAGCGAUCAGCGAGCAGGCUGCUCUCGGGGGUGUUUCCUUCCAGCUGUGGACGGAUCCAAGCUCCGGCUCGACAGUUGAUAUCUCGCUUCAAGUUGAUCUCACCAGCAGUCUUGGCGAGCUAGUAAUGCGGUACCGGACCAUCUUUGCGGCGUUCCCGUUGCUUGUGGUUGCUCUGGUUCUCCGUAAACAGUUCCAGGUUUACGACGAGUCUGGUUACUUCAUUCCCUUCACCGAUGGUCUUGACCGUGCACUGCGAUCCUCCUUCCCUCUUCUGCUGGUAGCCAUGUCGCUACUGGCCUCCUCCUUGGCUACUUCCAAGGCCUUGCCUCAAACCGAUGAAACCCUUCAUUGGCGAACGAACUCGACCGAGACUCCAAUUGAUUUCACCAAGAACGAUCUGUUACUUGGGUCUCAAGAUGCAUUCUUCUGGUUCCUCGUCCCGGUGUUUGGUCUCAUUAGUGUAGGCGUCUGUGUGCUUGUCAACUACCUCGCCCUUGCCCUCGUGAACAUCUUCUCCUGGGUAUACGGAGCUUCGCACAGCAAGUCGGGCUACAUUCGACGAGAGGAUCGGGGAAAUCUCCCGAUCUUCAGCACCCCAACGCCUCGACGACGCAUCAUUCACACUGCAAUUCUUUUGAUCCUUGUGUCCACCGUCAUUCCAUACCAGUUCGCCUACAUGGUUGCCUGCAUUGUGCAGCUGGCCACAUGCGUGCGGGCACAAUGGCAUGCCAAGGAAACAAGAUCCACUUCGCAUCUGAAUUUCGACAACUACGCACACUCCAUCUUGAUUCUGAUGCUGUGGAUUCUGCCCAUCAAUGUGCUUGUCCUCCUGGUCUGGGCCCACAACCUCGUUGUGCAUUGGUUCAUGCCGUUCUCAUCCCACCAUAACGUAUUAUCCAUUAUGCCCUUCCUCAUACUCGUCGAAACCAUGACAAGUGGCGCUAUGAUUCCACGCAUCACAACCAGGUUCAGAUACAUUACCUCCAUGAUCUUCUUCGCCAUCGCCAUCUACUCCGCGAUCUACGGCGUCUCAUACGCGUAUCUCCUUCACCACCUUGCCAAUCUCCUCGCGGCCUGGUUUGUCGGUAUCUACCUCUUCGGCAACAACUUUUCGCCCCGCCGUCUCUGGCGCAUCAUCGACGGCGACGAGCUCCCCUCCGAAUCGGGGAAUAGUCACGUUAAGAAGGAGCCAUGA